CCGCGGGAGACAACUCCAAAGUUUGACGGGCAGGAGAUCUUCUGCGACUCCAUGAAGACAGAUCCGAUUCCAUGGUUUCGCAAGUUGAGCUCACGCUGGAGCUGUCCAACGUUAAGGAACACAAGCAUCACGCCUACUUGUACUCUCGCUCAGGAGGGGCGUGCCAGGCUUGGUUGGACAACCUCCUGUCCAAGUACGAAGUAGUAGCGGCCGACUUGCACACCAAGAUCAGUUGGGAUGAUCUGAAGGCGGCGUGGCACAAACGGUUCCAGGUGGAGCCGCCAGAGAUCAAAGUCAUGGACAAACUCAUGGUCUUCCAGCAAGGCACGCUGCCGAGUACGGACUGGAUCGCCGCGUACCAACGCUUGACGUCAGUCCCAGACAUCCAGGUGGGCUUCAAGGCCAUCCGCCAUUACUUCAUCUCAAGAUCAUGUCCAACAUUAAGCAAUGCCCUGACUCAUGUCGAGGACACCUUGACGACGACGGCGGAGUUGUUUGACAAGGCUGCGCAGAUCAUUAUCACGAACAAGGAGGCCAAGAACCUCCGUUCAUCUGCGUCAUGCCCGAGCAGGGACCAGCAUCGGCCAAGAGUGGUCGUGGUCGCAGCGGCAGCGCCGUUAGACCAAACCAGUGAGGCUGUGUCUGCCAGUGAAGGGGACAUAUUCGCAGCCGCCCGGGAAGGUGGCCGCCCCGGCAGAGGCCGAGGACGCGGCAAGAUGAAGACACACCACACAGGGUUGCCCAUUGAAAGGCAAGGGCAGACAGGGAAACUGAGCAUCUCCGAGAGUGACGCGACGACACUCUCGACGCCUUCGAAACUGGUUUCUUCGCGAGUAACCAGCCUUCAUUCCGAGGCGCACGCGAAAGUCGACAGUCCUCCGCUUCUACUUUCUUUUGAGGACUAUGCUUCCCAGCUCGUUCCAACGCUGGGUACUCAAGCUCAAGGACAAGGAGUGUGUGCGGUUUCUUCUCCGUCCGGCAACAGCGACUUAUCGUCUUCAAGUGGUUCGUCACGGGAUUCGGCGCGCGAGUUCAAUAUAGAGGCAUUGGACCCGCUCACGUCUGAGCGACUUUGCAUGGCUGCCUCUCCCGACCACAGGCUGUUUGCUGGGACCGAAUGCGCAGCACUUAGCGCUCAUCUCCACACUUACCUUUCCUUCUAUGCACCACCAACUUCGCCGACGGAUGACGAAGUUGCGGUGGGGGACAUCCUGGCAUAUACUACCAACAUGGCCCGCGAGUUUCGCACGCAGCGGUACGAUAACAACAAUGCACCGCUCAUGUAUGUCCCCAUCCAGGUUGGGCAACCGUCCUGCAGCGCUUUGCUGGAUAGCUACUCGUCUCGCAAUUUCAUGAGCCAAUCCUUUAUGCAAAGGGCUGGCCUUGGCACACAAGUUCGGAGGAAGGCAAACCCGACGGCGAUCAAGUUGGCGGAUAGAAAGACGCAACAACUUCUCGACCGUUACAUCGAGGCCGUACCGAUCUACUUCGCACCUCAUGCAUGCGAACCAGUGCCAUUCCAUAUUCUCGACACAAACUUCGACAUCAUUUUGGGAAUGCCUUGGCUUGCAAGUGCGGAUCACACGGUCAACUUCCAUCGGAGGACCCUUAGCGUUCGCGACGCCUUCGGCGCGGAAGUGGCGUGUACUAUUCCUCUACCGCACACUUCGAUCCGGUGCCAAGUAGUGACGGCCAAAUCAUUUCGAGCGACUUGCGCUUACGAGCAGCCUGAGGAGAUCGGCCUAUGCUUCCUACGGACCGUCGCCGUAGCCGACUCUUCACCCACGAACUUGUCUUCGGACCCCCGUGUGGUACGGUUGCUGGACGAGUUCGCCGACAUCUUCGAGUCACCUACCGGUGUGGUGCCGGGUCGGCCGAUCUCUCAUGAGAUCAUUCUUGAGGUCGGUGUCGUGCCGCCGAAAGGUUGCAUCUAUCGGAUGAGCGAGGAGGAACUUGAGGUCCUCCGCGCACAACUCGAUGAUUUGUUGGCCAAGGGCUGGAUCCGCCCGAGUAGCUCCCCAUAUGGAGCACCACUUCUCUUCGUCAGGAAGAAGAACAAGGAUCUACGAUUGUACGAUAUUCUCGUCUAUAGCCGGACAUUGGAGGAUCAUCUUGGACAUCUUCGACGAGUGUUGGAGACGCUCUGCCAUGCGAAGUACAAGGCCAACCGCGACAAGUGCGAAUUUGUCCGGCAAGAGUUGGAAUACUUGGGCCAUUUUGUUACACCGGAGGGCAUCAGUCCGCUAUUGGACAAGAUUCAGGCCAUCCAAGAUUGGUCGAAGCCUCGGAACGUCACGGAUGUCCGCUCGUUCCUUGGUCUUACCGGCUACUAUCAGCGCUUUAUCAAAGUCCUCGAGCAACAUGAUGGUGUGGACUGGCACCCGGUCGARUACUUCAGCAAGAAAGUGCCUCUUGUGCAUUCCAUUGACGAUGCACGCAAGAAAGAGCUCCUCGCCUUCGUCCACGCGCUCAAGCGGUGGCGUCAUUUCCUCCUUGGUCGAAGCCAGUUUCGAUGGAUAACGGAUAACAAUCCGUUGGUCUUCUACAAGACCCAGGACACCGUCAACAGCACCAUCGCUCGAUGGAUGGCUUUCAUCAACCAGUUCGACUUCUUUCCUGAUCACAUUCCCGGGAAGUCGAACCGUUUUGCGGAUGCUCUUUCACGGCGUCCGGAUCAUUGUGCCGCAGUCUACUCGACCUUCGAGAUUGACGACGACCUGCGGAACAGCUUCAUCUGCGGCUACCAAGCCGACCCCGAGUUUCGCGACAAGUACGCGAAUUGCUCCUCUCCUAAUCCGGCUCCUUCUCACUACCGGAUCCAAGAGGGGUACUUGCUUGUCCACACRYGGGGGAAGGACCUUCUUUGCGUACCGAGUGAUCCUCACUUGCGUACACGGCUUCUUGGCGAGUUCCACGACGCUCCCGCCACUGGACAUUUUGGAGUCAAUCGUACGAUUGGCCGACUUCGCCAGCGAUUUUGGUGGCCUGACCUUCUCGGCGACGUCACGCGCUAUUGCGAGUCAUGCGAGGUUUGCCGACGCUGCAAAUCCCGCAACCAUCGUCCGUACGGCGAGUUACGACCAUUGCCAGUCCCGUUGCGGCGAAGGGCAGCGAUUGCCAUGGACAUUACCGGCCCGUUCCCCAAGCACAAGACCGGAGUGGAUGGGAUUCUCACGGUGGUCGAUCGACUCACCAAGUUCGCCAUGUUUUUGCCUUGUCGCUAUCAUGCCAAGGCACCAGAGCUGGUCGAGGUUCUUUACGCCGGUUGGAUUCGCACCAAGGGUUAUCCCAAGGAGAUCGUCUGCGACCGCGACACUCGGUUCAUGUCCGAUUUUUGGUUGGCACUCAUCAAGCGAUGGGGCUCAUCUCUCAAGCCCAGUUUAGCUCGCCACUCUCAGACCAAUGGCCAGACGGAGAGGGCGCAUCAGACUUCACAGGUUCUCCUUCGCACUCUCAUCCGCCCCGACCAGAAAGACUGGGUUGAGCGACUGCCGGACGUCGAGUUGGCCUACAACUCUUCCAUCCACCCGGUUAUUGGGAUAUCGCCCUUCGAGUUCGAGCAUGGCUCGCCGAUCACGUCACCGUUGGACACUAUUACUCCACGCACGGACGAGAGCGACAACCAUCUUCUUUUUUUGCGUCGAAUGCAAGAGCUUCUCGUCAAGGCACGCGACCAGAUGGCAAAGACGCAGCAGCGCAUGAGCCAGCAGGGCAAUCGCCAGCGUCUUCCUUGUCCAUUCCGCAUACAGGACUCGUACAUCGUUCGGACAUCCACGGCUCGUGCAGUGAACCUGGUCCGCCAGCAAACCAUACCUGUCCCGACACUCCAAGAUAUUGUCCGGAACUCGUAUGGCGACGGUAUAUAUGACCAGGUUCAACCGGAUGGUGCUGAUGUCCAGCAGGAUCAUUCGAACGCUGGAGAUUGUGCGGUGGAGCUGGAAUCGGCCUUGUCGACGCACUCGUCUGGUGCUGGUGCAUAUGACCAGGUUCACCCGUAUGGUGCUGGUGUAUAUGACCAGGUUCACCCGUAUGGUGCUGGUGUAUAUGACAAGGAUCAUUCGAACGCUGGAGAUAGUGCGGUGGAGCUGCAAUCGGCCUUGUCGGCCCAUGACGGCCUUGCGGAACCUGAGGCGGUUUGGCAAUGGAGACAAUGACGCUGGGAUCGGGCAUUUCAGCAAUGGGCCCAUUUGGUACAUUUGAAACUCGUUGCCAUGGCGGCCUCUGUGGCGGUCUAGCUACACGUGGAACUUCAACCAUCACGCUCUCCUCAACAGGUAUCACAUCUGAUGCACAACUGACAGGAUGGUGUCGCGGGAACUGGGGAAUGGGCCCAGAAGCACUUGGCCUCCUCACUGGUCCCUUGUCGGGGCAGACGCCAGGUAGGACAAUACUCGCCGCCGGAUAAUACAUGGCCCCGUUUCGAUCCAUGUCUUUCCAAUACUGCCGAUACUCCACAACUCUCUCUCUCUCUCUCUCUCUCUCUCUCUCUCUCUCUCUCUCUCUCUCUCUCUCUUGAAGACUGCCGAUACUGCACAACUCUCUCUCUCUCUCUCUCUCUCUCUCUCUCUCUCUCUCUCUCUCUCUCUCUCUCUCUCUCNCUCUCUCUCUCUCUCUCUCUCUCUCUCUCUCUCUCUCUCUCUCUCUCUCUCUCUCUCUCUCUCUCUCUCUGUUAGUGUGUGUGUGUGUGUCGGAGUGCUGGAACUUAGCCGGGAUUGUAUCGUUAGUAAAGGCUUUAAAGAGCU